AUGGACGAUGACAAUAGUGGAAACGAUAUUCUAGUAGAGGGUCUCUCAAGGGCACAGGAAAUGGCGUUGGCCAUUCUUCCUAUUCCAAGCGCAAUCCUCAGCAUAAUUGGAAGUUCCAUCAUUAUUUACAUGUCUGUGUCUACUCGGCGGAAGCGAAAGUGGACGCCCUAUACUCGGUUACUCUUGGGCUUAAGCUUUUAUGACAUCGUGGCAAGUAUCACGCUCGGUAUGGCAACCUUUCUGCGCGACAAAGAUACCAGUCCAAGGCCGCUCUCCUUUGGUUCGUCAGGAACGUGUUCCAUGGUCGGGUUUUUCAACCAGCUGUCGUAUGGGACGAUUUGCUACAAUGGAAUGCUCAGCUUUUACUUUCUGCUGACUGCGCGCUUUGGACGUAGCAAUGCUUAUGUUGCCAGAGUUGUAGAGCCAUGGAUGCAUCUCGUGAGCAACGGAUUUGCAAUAAUUACGAGCGUUGUAGCCCUUGCCAUUGGUGCCUACGGUGAAAUGGCGCACGGGAAUGGCUGCUGGGUGGCUAAUUUCCCUCGUGGGUGUGGGCUAGAUGGGACAGUAUGCACUUCAAGAAUCAUUGGAUGGCUGUAUUUUGGGCUUCCUGCGAUUCUCGUGUUCAUCUGUUUGUUCAUCAACAACUCCAUUAUUUUUAUAUUUGUUCGAAUGCAAACUAUUUCGAAUAUGCCCAAGCAGAGCUCAAAAAGUGCGGAAAUGGGUCUAGAUGAAAGUGCUUCUUCUUGUGCAGAUGAAGAUGGGAGUACAGACUUGGAUUUGGACAGAAACAAGUAUGUGUCAAAUGAUGAUUCUCUUGCAAAUGAUGAGCGAGAUUCUUCACAAAAUACAGCUCAGUUGAGAGACCAAACAAGACGGCUGCGAUUGAUUAGUUCUCAGGCAUUCUUGUACGUAGCAUUUUUCCUCCUAUGCAACGUUUGGACUGGAAUUGUGGGCAUCAUUGAAAGCGGCGGGAGAACAUGGGAAGAGGAGCUGAAACUACUGGUAAAAAACUUCGGCUUAUACGUCCUACAAGCAAUCCUGGCACCACUCAAUGGAUGGGUAAGAAUUCACGAUGUAUUUUUCAAGAAAACCAUUGCAGUUUCAUUGCGGUGUACUCACUUUUCAAAUCGAAUUUGGUCAACAAAGUUCAACAUGCUGGUCUUCAUUAGACCCAAAUAUCAUCUUUGUAGAAGAGCAUUCCCAAAAGAGACUCAACUUUGGAUCGUUCGGAGAAUCAUUCUCGGACCAAACGGCAAAACAACGUUCCCCUUAGACAACCAAUCGAGACCUAUCAAUGCUCAACGGGUUUCUCCUACAGAUCCGAAAAAUGGAAGCGAAGGAAAGCAGGCCAAAGCAAAUAUGGCUUCAGCCACUCGCCUGCCAAGAGACAUGAUAUCAUCCGUGACAGCCAGCGAAGGUGAUUUCGAAUCCGAGCGACCAACGACCAGUAAUAGUGACCGGCGAUGGAAUUCCGACAAGGACAAAGGCCUCAGUUCGGUCCUCGCGAGUGUCCCACGUCGAUUCAAGUCACUUAUCGAGGCGAGUCCAUCCAUUUUGGAAGCCAUCAGUGAGAACGAAGUUUCGAACUUCGAGCACAGUGUACAAAUUUCGAUAGCUGAAGAAUUGGCGAUGGACAUGUCUUCUGGCGAAUUUUUUCCCGAUAAUUCGGAGAGACGUUGGGCAUCUGAUCCCAGCGCUCCUUCCGUAACAUCAUCAGCUCGCCAAUCACUGUCCAUGCCACGAAGAGAAGGGAGCACUUCUGAAGAACCGGGUAUAUCUAACUCCCAUCUAGAUCAAAACGGAUCCAGUCACCAGGAGGAUCACUUGCCAUCCUUACCGGUGGAUCAGCCCAUCAAGAUACCGCAACGCCAUUCAACACCAGGUUCACCAAACAUAGAGAGGAAGGUCCUAGGACCAGACCCAUCGAGCUCGUUGCAGCGGAUAGCCGAAAUCGAUCAGGAGACAGGAGAGGUGAAAUCGACUACCAGUUCUGAUAGACCAGUCAAACCACCGACUCCACGUGAGACCUUUGAUUAUUGA